GACCAACAUCACAAUCACAAGCUUUUAUUUUGGUUUUUUUGGAUUUAUUUAUGAAAAGAAUACCCUUUUUACUAUUCAUGAAAAUAUGUCGGCUUAGGCCUAAUUUAUCACGAGAACACUUGCUGCUGCAUUGAAGUUUCAGCGGCCGGGCAAAGAAUUGGCCGCCGGUGGGUCGACGAUCAGCUGGUGCGGUCCUAUGAGUCAUCAUUAGUGGGGGUUUCCACUCGGCCGGCGGCAAAACGUUUUCCCUCCGGCAAAACAACGGGCUUUCUAAAUUAAUAUUUUCUUAUAACGGAAAGUUUCCUUUUUCAUAAUUUCUCCCGGUUAGAGGAAAGUGCUUGUUACUCGCUUUGGUCGACAUUAUGUAGGUGCUAAUUACAUAGUAAUUAUCAUGUGAAUCUCAUGGAAUUUAAGUAGUGGAUAUGUUCAAUAACUUGGUUGGAUAAGUACACUACCAGUUACCACCCUAUGUCUAGGGAUGGCAAAAAUAUCCGUAACCGUGGAUAUCCACCCGAAUCCGGCCUAAUCGGGUAGGGUAAAACCCGAACCCGAAGGACAUUUAGUGGGUACGGGUAAAACCCGAACCCGAAUAUUGCGGGUAAUGGGUGGUUAUGGUUUCUAACUAUCCAACCGGAACCCGCCCGAUUAUACGCAUGCAUGUGUAUUUUCUCUAGAAAUAAUUAUUAUUGUCCCUAACAUAUUUUAUAUUUAGCAUAUAAAUAUAAUAUUUUCAUGAAAUUGUGUUGUUUUAGUUAAUUUUCUUCAUUCUAGUGAACUAUUGUCGUACUUUUCCUCUUACGUAAUGUGAGAAUACGUGUGAAUGUUAACAUAUUGGUUGGAGUUAUAAAGAGAAAUUAUUAUCCAUGAAUAACCGUGGAUACCCGAAACCCGAACGGGCAUGGGCAUGGUUUUAUUUUUGUACCCGUUUCGCAUGUGGGUAUGGGUAAAACCCGAACUACUUCGGGUAGGGUAACGGAUAUGCACUAUCCGUCCCCGACCCGACCCAUUGCCAUCCCUACCUAUGUCUCACCCUAUGUCUGGGUGGUAUAUUUGCAAACUCAACUUAAACCACAAACAUUCUGCUUCUAUUCAUAAAAAGUAUUACCAAACUUCAACAACCCUUCUACGAGUUUGAAGUUGAGUGUUUUUUUUACUUUUUACCCCAACACUGCCGAACUUAAAAUUCAGAUGACAAACCACACGUGAGUACUUGUUGUCUUAACAUAUUUGUUAUUUGUAUGUACAAAUAGUGGCAAAAAAUUAAAAAAUAAAAACCUUACAUCUUGAACUUUUCAAUCUAGUACAACACUUUUGUCUUGCCAAAAAGUGACCUAAAAAAACUCGAUUACCAAAUGGAAUAACUGUGUCGACGACGGUUCAAACACAUUGAUGAGUAGCUUUCUUUUAACUUGGUUCUUCAAAACUAUCAAUAACUUCCAGAUUAACUCGUACCAAUCAUACAAACCGAAAAUGUACCCCGAAAAUUUUCAUCUCAAAGAAAAUAAAUAAAAUCCACGUCAGACUUCCCCAAAUCUCGGCUAUAAAUACCCACCCGCCAUUUCCCCCCACAACCACAUUAAAAAUUCAACACUCUCUCUUUUCUACUCAUUUACUCUUUUCUUUCUACAACCGCAAGAAUGCCUCCACCUGAAGCUCUAAACCCCAACAACACCAUGAAGCCACUCAACGUCGAAACCAAACCACCGUCCAACGGCCACCUCGCCCCGCCGCCGGAGGACGCGCUGCCGUCCACCACCACCACAAAAUCCGCACUCUACGCCUACAGAAAAAUCAUCCUCGUGGCCUCCAUCGCCAUCGGGCUCCAAUUCGGGUGGGCCCUACAGCUCUCCUUGCUCACGCCUUACGUCCAGCUCCUCGGGAUCCCCCACAAGUACGCCGCCCUCGUCUGGCUCUGUGGGCCCAUCUCCGGCAUGAUCGUCCAGCCACUCGUCGGCUACUACAGCGACCGCUGCACCUCCCGCUUCGGCCGCCGCCGCCCCUUCAUCGCCGGCGGCGCCGCCUUCAUCCUCGUCGCCGUCUUCCUCAUCGGCUUCGCCGCCGACAUCGGACACGCCGCCGGCGACGACCUCUCCAAGCCGUCCAAGCCCCGCGCCAUCUCCGUCUUCGUCGUCGGGUUCUGGAUCCUCGACGUCGCCAACAACACCCUCAUGGGCCCCUGCCGCGCCCUCCUCGCCGAUCUGUCCGGGACCAGUCAGAAGAAGACGCGUGUCGCCAACUCGUUCUUCUCCUUCUCCCUCGCCGUCGGCAACGUGCUGGGUUACGCCGCCGGGAGCUACAGCGGCCUCUACAAGAUCUUUCCAUUUACCAGGUCCCAAGCGUGCGACGUCUACUGCGCAAAUUUGAAAUCAUGCUUCUUGAUCGCCAUCACGCUCCUCCUCUUCUUCGCUUCCAUCGCGAUCUAUUACGUCACCGAGCGGCCGAUUUCCGCCGACGGGAAGUUCGUCGCCGGAACCGGCGACGGCGACGAGGAGGAGGAUGAAGUUGAGGAGAAGUCGGCGGCGGUGGCGCCGCCGACGUCGUGCGGCGGGGUGCCGUUCUUCGGGGAAUUGUUCGGCGCGAUGGCGAACAUGAAGAAGCCGAUGAUCGUGCUCCUGAUGGUGACGGCGCUGAACUGGAUCGGGUGGUUCCCGUUCUUCCUCUACGACACCGACUUCAUGGGGCGGGAGGUGUACGGCGGGGUUUCGAACGGCGGGACGGCGGCGGAGCUGAGGAUGUACGCGCGCGGGGUGCGCGUGGGGGCGCUGGGCCUGCUGCUGAACUCGGUCGUCCUCGGGUUCGCUUCCCUCGGGAUCGAGACGUUCAGCCGGUGGGCCGGCGGGGCGAACCGGCUCUGGGGUUUCGUCAAUUUUAUUCUGGCCGGUUGCUUGGGGCUGACCGUGUUGGUCAGCAAGCUCGCCGAUUCGAACCGGCAGUACGGCGUGGGCGGCGUCCUGCUGGGGCCGACCGCCGGGGUUCAGGCGGCGGCGCUGCUUCUGUUCGCGGUGUUGGGUAUUCCUCUGGCGGUGGCUUUUAGCGUUCCUUUUGCUUUGACAUCAAUAUUCUGCAAUGAAGCUGGUGCAGGACAAGGACUUUCAAUAGGAGUAUUGAAUCUUUCUAUCGUCAUCCCACAGUUGGUGGUGUCGUUGCUGGCUGGACCGUGGGACGCUCUGUUCGGCGGGGGGAACUUGCCGGCGUUUGUGGUCGGAGCGAUCGCGUCGGCCUGCAGCGGACUAUUGGCCCUAACGAUGCUCCCAUCUCCGUCGCCCGAAGCCGUCGGGAAAGUCGCCGUCGGCGGCUUCCAUUGAUGACGAACUAGUCAUCACAAUUAGUUACCUACCUCAGAAUCAACACCUCCUUUUUCUGCUUUUUAUAUAUUACUUCUUUUUGAUUUGUAUAAUUCCCCCAUUACAUUACAUCUGUCACGAGCCAGAAGUGGCCUUUCUCGCUUUGAUGGCGAUCUCCCUUUCGUCCUUCCGGCCACCACCUAAAAGAGAUCAUAAUUCUCCAUGUGCAUGCCCUUUUUUUGUCGUCAUGAUUAUUGGAAGGAAAGUUAUAUAAAAUGUUAAGCACGUGAAUGCAUAUGAUGGGUUCGUGAAAGUUGUUUCGAUCCCAUAAAUGUUGCGGCAAGAGUAGUGGUGUUACAUGCUACGUACGAUCCAUGGAGUAUAUUUGGAGGAACUUGGAAGAGGAGUACGUAUUAAUUGCUAAACUAACUAGGUACGAAAUUGAUUCAUUAAUUGCCCCCAUUAAGUUCUAACUUAACUAAUUAUAUACGUACACAUGGUUCUAAGUUAACUAAUUAUAUAUAUCGUAUUAAUUGUUUAACUUAAGCGUCAGGCAUAGACGCUCUUCUAGCGUCCCACUUUCUACUAGAAAGAAAGGUAAGAAAUUAAUAAUAAUAAAUUCUUAUGUCUUCAACUAGAGAAAUAAAUUGCCGAGCAGAGCCGAGUUUUGAUCUAACUCGGGCUAAACUCGUCAAUAAACGAGUUGAGUUCGAGUUUGGUUCUUUACAGAAAUCUCAGGUCGUGUUUGACUAGAUCUUGACUCGGACUCGUGCCAUUAAUAAGCUCUCAUGAAUUAUCACUUAGUUCGUGAAUUCGGCUCGAGCUUAUAUAUAAUAUUAUUUAUUUCAUAAAAAUUAACUUUGCAUAUAAUGUUAUUUAAUAAUAAAUGUAUACUGUCUAGGAAAUCUCUGAUACAUAUUUUAUCUUUUAAAUUAUAAAUGAUACAUUCUUGUUCACAUACUCAUAGUAUUAAAUAUUAUAUGCAUUGAGAUAUAUCUAAUUUAACAAACCUAUGAAUUAUCAACAAGUCAUCCAUAAUCUAUAGUGAUUUUAUCAUAAGACGCUAAUCGGGCUGGCUCGCACACUAUGAGCCAACUCAUGAGCUCAUAACUAGGCAUCUCACUAGUUGAGUUCAAUAAGCCACCUAGUUGAGUUGGUCCACGAGCCUUGUGAGCUGAAUAUGAUAUAGCUUUACGUCUGCUCAUUAAUAAGCUCGGCUCGGAAAAAAAAACUUGUAUAACAUUCAACUCAUUAUUAAAUUUAGCUCAUUUACUAAUGAGUCGAGUGUCAAACAAAAAAUUUUCGAACCAAAAAUAGAGUCGCUUGUGAACAAUUCCACUAAUUUGUACUCCUAUCUUCUACAGAUUCACUGUUACUUCAUUGGGGCUGGGGGGAAGAGGGUUUCUUCCAUAAUAGAUUUGGGCCGAGUCCCAAGGCCAAGGCCCACUUAUUUUAUUUAAAAAAAAAUAUAAUGCAGUUACCGUUGCUCUUUCUAACAAUCAUAUAGCAAAAUUGCGUUCCGCAAGCCAAAUCCGCCGCUAGUUGUGCCUUCCAGGUGUUCGAUAAAUUGUCUAGCCCAAUGUUUCCCCGAUGCCGGCCAAAGUUUAGACUUGUAGGCGUCUUUCAGGGCCCAGAAGCUCGCUCAUCCUUCAGUAUAUUUCCUUCGGCCCAAAGCACUGCUUUUCCAGGGAAAUAUCAACAGUCUUUCAGUUGAUUUCAGUUGAUUCAUGUAACACUAACUCUGUUUCAAUGCCUCAUGUGUGCCACCGGACAAACUCUGUUUCAGGCGUCUCGGUACCAUCUUUCCAGCUAUUGGCAGCGAAUGUUUGGUCUUUGUUGAUCGUGAAAUAGUGAACAUGUGAUUGCCAUUUUCUUGCUUCUGCAGUUACGAAUGGCAAGCAAGUGGGUUGGCGGGCAAUACAUGGUAAUACCAUUG